AUGUCGCCAAAAUCGACUCUCCCCAUCGACGUCUUUCCCACUUGGGCACGUUUCAAUGACGUGGAUUUUGUUAAUGCCAAACUACAAGAAAUGGAUGGAAAGGGAAUUGGGCUAGCCGCCGUUAAUAGCUACGACUUGACUGAAACAGCAGCUGCAGAGGAUGAAGGCAAUGCAAAAGACUUGCGGCAUGGGGAAGCUGAAGCCUUACUGCGAAUCCCUCACGAUCUGAUUCUCUCAGCCUCCACAGUUGAGGAUUACGCCAAGGUUGAUCAAAACUUCCGCCAACUCAUGGAGUCUGUAGGGCAUAAUUCGACACGGGGUAAUAUUCUGCUUUACCUCUUGGCGCAUCUUGUUCUGUCUGGUCGGGAUGCAUCGAGCCCGAGAGGCCCUGCGUCAACACCAUGGACAGAGUAUCUAAAAUUCCUGCCUCGUGACGUUCCUGUCCCAACAAUGUGGUCGGAAGUUGAGCGAGCUCUUCUCCAAGGCACAUCGCUAGAGGCUGCAUUGGAAGCCAAAUUCUCAUCUCUAAGUAAGGAAUUUGACGAUCUGACCGAGAAAUCGUCGGUGCUGCCUUUUUGGAAUUCCUUGUUUUGGGAGAAGGGAAUGGUGACCAUCCAAGACUGGAUCUUGGUUGAUGCAUGGUACCGAUCACGUUGUUUGGAACUACCUCGAGGGGGAGACGCCAUGGUCCCUGGACUUGACAUGGCCAAUCACUCGCACCAUCCGACCGCUUACUACGAUGAAGAUGACAAGGAUGAUGUUGUUUUGCUAGUACGACCUGGGACAAAGGUGUCGGCGGGGGAGGAAGUGAGCAUUUCGUACGGAGAGAAAACCCCCGCAGAAAUGCUCUUUAGUUACGGGUUUAUUGACAGCGAGUUUGCUGUCGAGGGGCUCAGCCUGCCCGUGAAAGUACUUCCUGAUGACCCAUUGGGUAAAGCCAAACUUCACAUCUUUGGCAGGUCACCCUCUCUCAAAUUGUCUCGGUCAGAUGGGGAAAUAAAUUGGCAAUGCCCCUUUGCGUACCUAAUGUGUCUGAAUGAGGAAGAUGGCCUCGAGUUCAAAGUCCUUCAAGGAGAGGACGGAGGGAGGGAGCUAAGGCUUCUCUGGCAAGAAGAAGAUGUGACGGCUCAGGUAGGCCACUUUGAAGAUCUCAUCAAAAAUCACACCCUCUGCCAAAUCUUUAGGCUUCGAGUGGUUUCUGUCUUGCAUGAGGUGGUGUCCAACCACCUUGUGGAACUCUCCUCCGAAAUCUCCCAUGAUCAACUUGAGCCAUUACGCCUGGAUGGGCUCGUGAGGGAUAGCCGUCUCCAAGCAGCAGAACAGCUCAGGGCGAUUGAGGCUGGUGUGCUGGAAAGCGCUGCUGUGGCCAUGGAUAAACAGAGGACCCAUCUUUUUGCGGACGACCACGUGGUAGCUUAUCUCGGAUCGAUGGAAGCUUCUCAAAACAGACAAGCGUCGGGAGAUGAAGCCAAUGAUGAGGACGAUUUUAGCUGA